AUGAGAGAUAUGAAAUUUCCUUUAAAUGUAGAAUCAUACAAAAAGAAAAAUAAUAAAAAAGUAGAAAACUUUAACAAUAAUGAAACUUCAAAUGAUAUAGAAAUAAAAAGAAAGAAUAUGAAAAAAGAGAAAAACAAUAAUUACAUUGCUAGAAAAAAUUUUGUAAAGAAAAUUAUAAAAAAAGAUGUAAAGUCUGUAUUAAGUACUUUAAAUUUAACAGAGAAGAAAAAAAUUAAAAAAAAAAAAAAUAAAAAGCAUAAUUCAAAUAUGGGAUUUAAUUUAAAAAAUGAGUAUAUAAAAAAUAAAAUUGAAAAUAAACCAAACGGAGAUAUAAAGGAUGACGAAAUAUACAAAGAAAGUGAUGAUAAGUUAGGAGAUUUUAAUCAAAAUAAAGUCCUUUUAGUCAAAAAACUACAAGAAAUAGAAUUAAAAUCAAAUAAUCCUAAUGAAUGGCUAGAAAAAUUAGAUAUUACUAGUUCAGAACAUUUUUAUAUGAAAAACAUUAAUUUAUUUGGUAAUUGUGAAAAAAGAGAAGAGGAAUUUUUGCAAAUAGCUCAUAAAAAUCUCAUUGAAGCAUUAAAAAAAUUACAAGACUUAAACAUUUCAUUCAAUAGGCCAUAUGAUUUUUUAGCAGAUAUGAUAAAAAGCGAUAUACAUAUGGAAAAGGUAAGACAAAAAAUAUUGAAAGAUCACGAAAAAUCGGAAAUAAGAGAAAAAAACAAAUUAAAAAGAAUAAAUAAAAAGUUUAAUAAGAAAUGUGGAUCACUUAAAGUAAAAAACCAAAAAGAGGCUAUACAAAAAAAAAAGAAUUUAGAAAAAAUUGAUGAACUAAAGAAAAACAAUAAUUUAGAAAGUUUAAAUGUACAAGAAUUUUUUUUAAAGCAUUCAAAGUCAAGUAAUGAUAAAAGUAUCAACAAAAAUGAUAAAAAUAGAAAAGUUGAUAAAAAAUGGACUAAACGUAAUUUUACAAAAAAGAAAAAUGAAAAAAAAUUUGCAAAAAAAUUUAAAAAGAAAAAUAAUUUUAAGAAAAAAAAUUAA